AUGUCAGCAGCCGAUACGACGCCCACGGCGCUUCAAAAAACGGUAAAGCGCUGCUCGUCCAUCUUCCAGCUACGCUUGCUGCGCCCCGUCUCGGCCAAAAUAAUCUCCUACGGCCGCGAGACUUCUUCUCGACGCUGUCCGACGCUCUACGUGCUUCGUGUGACUCGCAGUGGCACUGGCGAUUGGUACGUGGCCAAGCGCUACUCCGAGUUCCGCGCUCUGCACGAGACGCUCGAGCGCCAUUUCAAUGGCGGCCACAACCGCAACAGAAGCCACUCGAGCUGUGGCGCAUGCGAAGAGCUCGAGACCUUUUACAGCAGUGUGCGCUUCCCGGACCGCCACAUUUUCCAGUCUGGGCUGCGCUUUUCCAAGAGGCGACUGGAUGCCACAAGAGCGGAGGAGCUCAAUAGCUACAUGCGGUUUCUACUAGAGACGACACAGGGAUUACUGGGCGACGAAGAGUCCGGAGUCGGUGAUGACGGGGGCGAGUGGCUGGAUAGCGACGAUAUGGACGACGGGCGAUGUCCUGUUCUGGACCUCAUUCGGGAGUUCUUGAUGGUGAAUGAAGACCACGUGACAGAAGCGAACGUUUGGACGUCUAAAGGUGAAGAGAUGUACAGCAAUGGUCGGCAGUCGUCGAUGGAAGUCGGAGCUGCAGCACCAAAGCGGCAGAUGCACCGUCUAUCGAGACGCAGUUCUUCCGUGACGAGUUUUCACGUGCGGGAGCUGGAUCUCGUGUCGAUCUCACCUGUCACAGACGAAUCGAUGCGCGGCUUGUUCGCAGAAGAUUGGUGGGACCCCACGUUUGCGGACGUGUUUGACGAGGCUAUUGCCCCACCUGAGAAUGCGUUCAUCCAUCGCCAGAUCGAGGACGCAUCGCGCCCGCUACGACUAAUCGAGAGCAAUCUGCGUCGCUAG